UAAUAAAACAAUUUUAUGAUUAAAAUAUGAUAAGAAGAUGUCAGUAAGAAGUGUUUCAUCAUCGUUCCCAGUUCCUCCUGAGGACAAAUUUUUGCACUCGUGGUCUCUCAACGCAAGCAAGAUGGAGGACGCAGCUCAGUACGCUAAAAUGAAGGUCGCUGACCUUAAGAAGGAGUUGAAGGCUAGGGGUUUAGCUGUCACCGGGAACAAAAAUGAGUUAGUGGAAAGAUUAUUAGCAGCAGAAGGCCAUGCACCUAUUGGAUCAGUUGAAGGAGAUGAGGAAGAAUUUGAUGAAGAAGAAAUUUUAGGAGGUGGUGAUAUGGAUCCCAGUGAAAUAAAGAUCUCCCCUCAGGAGGAGGAAGCUGCUCUUGCAGGAGGAAACAUCAAAGUAAAAAAGACAUCUGCCUUAGUACAAAAAACACCUGCAAAGAAAGAUGCUCCCAAGGCAGUUCCCAAAAAGGCCAUUCCCGCUGUUCAGCCGCCAGUUAAAUCACCUACCAAGAAACCAAUCACAGCUGUAUCUGCCUCCAAAGAGCAAGAAAACAUUGAGCCCCCAAAGAAGGUUGCAAAAGUAGAUGAAGAGAAGUCGGCACUUGAAAAGAGAGCUGAGAGAUUUGGAGUACCCUUGACUGAAUCGGCGAAAAAGGAAGCUAGAGCUGCUCGCUUUGGUGAAUUGACAAAUGGAACUGUAAAAGGCUCUGCAAAACUCUCCACUGUUACUGGGGGCAUAGAUAUGGAUAAACUGAAAGCCAGAGCUGAGCGAUUUGGAGAAGUCACUUCAAAAUCUCUCUCAAAGGCAGAGGAAUUAGAAAAGAGGAAGAGUAGGUUGGAGAGAUUUGGCUCUGCUCCUGAAAAGGCUGAUGAUGCUACUAUAGACUCUGCAAAAGCUGCUAGAGCUGCUAGAUUUGCCGCCGAUGCAAAACCAGAUGGAAAAGAAGAACCCGCAAAAGUUGCGGAAUAGGUACACUAAUUUUUAAGUCGAUUUUGCAGGCUAACAAUAUAUUUACAUUGUGCAUAAGCAUUGUAUAUUUGAUAAUGGUUUCAGAUUCCAGUAUGAAUAAGCCAAAGAAGGUAGUGCUUUCUGUUUUAAAUAAACUUUAUGGUAACAAUUGGCAUUUUUAUAUUAUUGUAUUUGGUAAGUAGUGACAAUAAGCUGGGAUAUUCAAUGUCAUUGUAGCUUAAAGGAAACAAUGCCACUGCCUCACUUUUGAAGACCAUGUGGGAAAAGGAGUAACUCAGAGUCUGAGGUUGCUGUGUAGUACAAAGUCUUUUUAGGGCCAUGAAUAGCAUUAGAAAUCAGUUUUCUACUAAGGAAUUUAGGAUCAUCAAAUUGGUUGGUUUUAUUUUUCAUGACCCUUAGAUUUCAACCUCUGGGCUGAAAUGCUUGAUUUCCCUACAAGAGGUUGCUGCUCCUGCACUACCGUUCACAAGGUUAUAUGUACACUGGUAAGAAAUUAGGUUAGGUAAUCUUUACUGUAGUAUCAAGUUUGGAACUCUUGGCAUUACAGAAAUAAUUGACAAGAUUUAUUUUUGUUAACCAUUACUACAAUAGACAAAAUGAGGAUUUUGUGCUUAUAAUGUAUGGUUUUUUUUUUCCUAUGUAUGAAUUUUGAAUCUAGAUCACAGGAUUUCAUAUAUAAGUACAACAUUUCUUGUAAACAUUUCAUGAAUGUCUUUGACGAGUUUUUUUUUUCUUUGGCAGUGUUCUUUCUAUCAAUGGGUGUAAGUCUUGGUAUACAAGUGUGGUAUAGCUCCAUAUCAAUCCUGUGCAUUAAUUUUAUGUGAAUGCGCAUUGUUUAUGUAUUGGCAAAUGUUCUAUGCUUUAUAAAAUUAGAUGUUGACAGACAAUAAAACUGAAAAAUGUACUGUAUACCUUUCGAGUUUUGUUAAUUGUAAAAAAAAAUUUUUCGAGUUUAUUGUAAAAUAAAUUCUGUCAUACAAUAAUGAAAUUGUUUAACAAAUUGGUUUGACAAGUGUUCUGGAAAUAUGUUAUAUUACAAUAGUUUUAUUUAUUUACCACUAGAUUUAAGGACACAGAUGAUAUAGAGCUUUGCCCACAUCAAAUUUUAAUAGCCAUUUUAGUCAUCCUGAUAGUUGAAAUAAAAAAAUAAUUAAACUGA